GGUGCGUCGGUGUUUCUGGGAUAUUCCUGUAGACAACGGAGGACUGCAAGGCUGCGGAAAGCGCGACGGAGUAAUAGUUUAUCCGUGUCUUAUCGUCGGGAUGGGUCCCGCCCAAAACAUUUGUAAUGUUCGAAAUCAAGCUUCUGCCAAACAAAUCUUCGACGCAAUCGAACCCGCAAUACCUCGCAGCGCGCUCUCUGCUGUCGACAGGGGAGCCAUUAAGACGGGGCUGCAGGAAUUGCCCAUAUAUCCUGCUUAGCAGACCAGGGAGGCUAUGAAAAUCCGGUCGCCGAGAGCUUCAUUGCUCUUUUCUCGUCCAGGAGUAACAACCACGCAACCUCGACAAGUCUGCCUACAAUGCCUUUCCGCCAGCCGGGCGCAAUGGUCGCCUUCUAAUUCGAGGCUAUUUAACCUAUCAAGCCGACAACAUGCGGGAUCAUGGGCCCAGGCAGCUAAAUUGGCUGCCAAUGUCAUUUCCAAUGCGACAUCACAACAAGGCAGGGUGGAUCGCCAAAUCAGCAUUGAUCCCCUCAGGAUAGUAGCAAAAGAGAUGAAAUUCUUGAGUGGGAAUAUCAGACAGCUAUUAGGUUCCGGGCAUCCUAGUCUGGACAAAGUUGCGAAAUACUACACCCAGGCAGAAGGGAAGCAUUUCAGGCCACUUCUUGUCCUAUUAAUGUCGCGCGCCACAGCACUGACACCAAAAUGCUCGACAUAUGAUCCCUCGAAACCCUCCGCCAAUAUAAACAGUGGCAUUUCGCGCCCAGAUAUCCUCUUAGAUCACAAUCCUACAAGCCCUGGAACAAACCCUCUUACGGAUCCGGCAUAUGCAUACUCGCCAACUGAAAGCGACAUUCUGCCUUCACAACGGCGCCUCGCCGAAAUAACUGAGCUAAUUCACACGGCUUCUCUCCUCCACGACGAUGUAAUUGACCACUCUGACUCGAGACGGGGAUCACCAUCUGCCAACGUUGAAUUCGGCAACAAAAUGGCUGUGCUUGCGGGAGACUUCCUCCUGGGCCGCGCAUCCAUUGCUCUUGCUCGUUUACGAGAUGCAGAGGUUGUUGAGCUGCUCGCUACUGUCAUCGCGAACCUUGUUGAGGGAGAAUUCAUGCAGCUGAAAAACACGUCCCGGGAUGAGAAGAACCCCCAGUGGACAGAAGAGGCGCUCACAUACUACUUACAAAAGACAUACCUCAAAACGGCGAGUUUGAUCAGCAAAAGUUGCCGCGCGGCUGCGCUUCUGGGAGGAAGUGAUAAUGUAACAGUCGAGGCGGCAUAUAGCUACGGAAAAAACCUGGGUCUGGCGUUUCAGCUUGUAGACGAUAUGUUGGAUUAUACUAUUACCGAGAAGGAACUUGGAAAGCCAGCCGGAGCUGAUUUGGAACUUGGCUUGGCCACAGCGCCUCUGCUAUUUGCCUGGAAGAACAACCCAGAGCUUGGUGCGUUAGUUGGGAGGAAGUUUGCCGAAGAGGGCGAUGUCUCAAGGGUAGGUGACUUCUGAUGAACCCCAGCAACAUUAAUCCGUUUGAACAAUCUCUAACAUGAAACAGGCGAGAUAUAUCGUCUCUCAAAGCGAAGGAAUUGAGCAGACACGUGCCUUGGCAAGAGAUUACGCGGAUCAAGCUCUUGCGGCUAUUGAGCCCUUCCCGGAGAGUGAAGCCAAGGAUGGGCUGAGGGAGAUGGUCGCCAAGACGAUUAACAGGAGGAAGUAGGGUUAUUCGAUAGUGUGUAUACAUAUGAACUAGACGGAGCAUGGUUGGUGGUCUGAAGUUUUGUAUAGAUCAAUGUUAGAUGUAUUAUAUAUGACGGGUAAACAACACAUCCCGCUUUUACGUUGAAGGGGUUAGAAGUGUAAGGCAGCAUAUAUCAAUACUACUUUACUGUACCACCA